AAAAAAUCAUCCUCUAUGCAGGAAGUAGACAAUUUUACGAUGAGAAGAUUUCUAAGAGCACGUGAUCUAGACAUCAAUAAGGCUUCUUCCAUGAUCCUCAAAUACCUGAAAUGGAGACGAGAAGCCAUCCCUAGAGGCUUCAUCUCAGAGGAGGACGUCCAGAAUGAACUUCGACAAGAGAAAAUGUACAUGCAAGGGCUCGAUAAGAAGGGUCGCCCUAUCGGAGUUUUGCUCGGAGCUAAGCAUUACAGUUCCAAACGAAACCUCGAAGAAUUCAAGCGCUACGCUGCUUAUGUCUUGGAGAAAUUAUGUACCAGUAUGCCAAGGGGUCAAGAAAUGUUCGUGAUCAUUGCAGAUCUCCAAGGCUGGGGAUACUCGAACUGUGACAUCCGUGGAUGUCUGGCUGGCCUAGAAAUAAUGCAGAAUUACUACCCAGAAAGGCUCGGUAAGGUGUUUGUCAUCCACGUGCCGUAUCUAUUCAUGAAGGCAUGGAAGAUUAUAUACCCAUUCAUCGACAACAAGACCAGGAAGAAAUUUGUAUUUGUCGAGGAUAAGAAUCUGAAAUCAACACUGUUGGGAGAUAUUGAAGAAAACCAGCUCCCAGAGAUUUAUGGCGGAAAGCUGCAAUUAGUUCCAAUUGAUGCUUCAGCAAGUUGCAUCACAGAAACACCAAUAACGAGUUGUAAAUGAACAUGUAUUUGCAGUUACAGGAGCAACUUAAGGUUCCUACAUGAACCGUAGCUUGCUGUUGUGCCAAUAUUAAUAUUAAGUUAUAUAUACAGUAUAAAAGGAAGUAACAACCUUAAACCAUGGAAUGAAAUUAAUAUUGGUAUAUUGACUCCUAUUU